ACCUAUUUAUCCUUGAUCAAAACUGAAAGUAUAUAGAUAAAUCAAGUGCUCGAAUGCUGAAGGAUGGAUACAUAUGACGUCAUUGUUAUCGGCGGCGGAGUGACGGGGUGUGCCUGUCUGUUCGAACUGGCGUCAUGUGGGUAUUCGUGCCUUUUACUUGAGAAAAAUGACCAUCUGCUUGACGAGGCUAGCUCGGGAAACAGUGGGAUGCUGCACACGGGGUUUGACGCCGUGGAGCCACUGGAGAGUGACUGUAUCCGGGUGUGCCAGAAACGCGUCUUUCCCCUUGCCCGGAAGAUAGGGGUGCCCGUCAACCACAUCGGCGCCACCAUGGUCGCCUGGAGCCAGCAACAGCUACAGAACUUCGACAAAGUCAAAGAUAAUUCAAGACAGGUCGAUUGCAGUGAAGUCCGCGAACUGAGUGUAUCCGAGCUGUAUGCGCGGGAGUCGCGACUGGGCCCGGGGGCGCUAGGCGCCUUGCAUAUCCCUGGAGAGGCGGUCACCGACCCCUGGCUUCUCCCCAUCCUGCUAGCUAACGACGCACGGAAAAAGGGGGCUAGGCUGGUAUGCUGGUCACGUGUUGAGAGCUUGUCACGUGACGGAAACAAGUGGACAGUGGACUCCACUUCAGGGAAAUACAGGGGGAGAUGUGUGAUUAACUGUGGAGGCCUCUACGGUGAUAUUCUUGAAGGACUAGCGUGCGGACAGGCGUUUAGAAUCUUACCACGGAAAGGACAGUAUACAGUAUACUCGGCUGCGGCCUGUUCGAUUAUAAAGUCAAGCAUACUUCCGGUUCCAACGAGUGCCGGAAAAGGUGUUAUUGUGUUCCGUUCAGUGUACGAUAAUGUGGUGGUGGGGCCAACCAACGAAUACGUACAGAGCCGGGAGAGAGCGCCUAUUAACACUGACGUCACGCGGCGUCUCGCGGAAGUCGCAAGGAGCGUCGUCCCGGAUUUGACGUCACAUCCUAUCGUUACCAUGUACACGGGCGUGCGGCCAGCCACGAAGGACAAGGAUUACAUCAUACAUGGCGACAGAGAAAAGUAUAAGAAUAAACGGUGGGUGGGAUCCGAUCUACUGGAUUGUCGGGCUGUCUCGGCAUCGCAGAGCGCGUGGCCAACAUUAUAGCCGAGAGUUUUGACCUUACUCCCACCGGACGUAGGAAUUUGCACGUGGACCAGCCGGAAGUGACGUUCACUGGGUACAACACAGCCGUCGUCGACGGUUGGGAAAACAGGAUAACACAUCCUCUGACAUUAGCGGGCAAACAGCAAGAAGCGGCGGCCAAACUGUAGACACUGCCUGACGCAAAGAAAAUAUGCACGUGAAGUUUAGUUUUUUUGUUAUAUAUAAGAAAUACAAAAUCAUACGUUACCACACGUGUCAGUCGUUCUUCCUCUUAUGCAGUCAGAAGACACAGAGCUCAAACAAUUUGUAUGGUGUGCUUAAUAUAUUUUUGAGUUCACAACAGCUAAAUUUGAAGUUGUUGGGCGAAUUUCGUUUUGAUUAUACCUUUAUGUGUAUUUCAUUUUUAAUAUUGACCGCUACUGUUAUCAUAUAUUCACAAUGUCGUGGAUGUAGAUCGACACUAUACUGCUUAGUUAUAUUGGAACUGUAGUUAUGACCAAAUGUUGCUUGAAGAAUUACUUAGACCAAAUGAACGGCGGGGAAUCGUUGGAACUGAAGUAUUUUGUAAUAAGUUGAAAAAGUUUUUUCGUUAUGGUGCCAGGAGGUGAACGGUGAGUAUGAUCGGUUGUUUUUUUAUUUCCAGCUGUUCUACGCGCAUAAUAAAAGAUAAUGGGGGAAUGUAGUACCUCAUAGAAUUUACUUUCUCCCAAAAUUUGACCAUACUAGAAAUUUGUUUCUCCCACCUUAGAAAAGUAGAUCCAAAAAAUUGACCAUGCUAGAAAUUGCCAACGGGCAUAGAUAAAACAAGUACCUGUAUGGAACUCCUUUUUAUUGUCAUCACACA